UCGAGUACAGAGCAUCGGGAUCUUCCAGGGCCUGGAUCGGGGAGCAUUUGAGCUUGUCACAAUAUUCGCGCACCUGCAGAAAAUAGGCCAUGUCUUCGAGCGACCAGUUCGUCACCUUCACCUCCUCGGGUGCCCGAAAGAGGACCGAAGAAGCUCGUGCAUCAGUCAGAGCAGGCUGCGCCAAUGCAAAGUAACAGAUGCCAUCGAGCUCGAAAGCAAUUCUCUGCGCCCGUGCCCGCGCCGGCCUCCCUCAUUCUCGGCACUUCGAUGCUGCACUCGACAGGCCUGAGACGAGCAAUCCUGCCCUUCUCCAGUCUGAUGUGAGUUGCAACCAACACUGUCCUUACCUCCUUCGAAGACGUCUUGGCCGUCACGAAAUUCCGGCACUCGAACCGCGAUGAAAUGGUUGCCAUGAAUGCAUACCAGAAACCUCUCCGGUGAAAGUCCGGCUACUCGGCUUCCUAGCUUGCUGGCCUCACGGGCGGAAUCGAUUGCUUGCUUGGAUUGCCUGGCGGGCUAUGGUGUUUCUAGUGCACAGAGGUGCACUCUGUGUAUUCAUGAAGUUCAGAGUUCCAAAAUCGUCAAACAGCUUGGGCGAACGUCCCCGAUCACGGAGUCGGCUCCGCAAUGCGAGUGUCUGCCUCGCCAGGAACGCCACCUCGUUCGCAUCACAUCUGCAAGGAGGGGUCAAUCAUAGAGAUUUGCGACCUCUUGACAUACGUCAUCCAUGGCAACCAGUAGUCGCGAAAGGAGGCUUGGCUGCGAGGGCAGAGUCGGAUGACGAAUGGCGGAUCCCGAGUACAUGAUACAAAUUAAUUUUUUCCCCGUUCUUCCUAAUCAGGAGAGCUUCGGGUGAGCGUUGUCGAUAACAGCCGGAAGGCUAUUGGCCGAUCGGUGCUUAAAGGCAUCCGCUAAUCACUGGCCGUGACGAAUCUGCAGUUGGGGUAUUAGCAGG